AUGAAGGUUUAUAAGAUUCUUUUGAGUUUCUCACUGUUAUUCAACUUAACGACAUUGUUAUUGGCUACAAUACCAAAAGUGGAACAAUAUUUCACUAAAAAUGAUUUAUGUAAAAUUAGUAACACAUUGAACAUUGAGCAUAAUUACUCAGGAUGUCAUAUUCUUGAAGAAGCCAUAAAACGUUUCAUGUUACGGUUGAAUAUGCUCCAUCCGGUUCUGUUAUUCCCCCAGUUCGAAAUCUGUACAAUAUCCAAGAUGGCGAUUGUAAUCUCAGAAGGAUGUGAUGAAAGAGAGAGUAAAUUAUGGCCAUAUUAUUCAAUGGAUGAGUCAUAUACAUUGAAUAUAUCUCAGAACACCUUGUAUAUUGAAUCACAUGAGAUCUGGGGAACACUGCACGCUCUUGAGACUAUCCUUCAAUCAUUGUAUAAGGCUAGACAUAAUCAGAAUGUGAUGUUUAUUUGUCGUAUUGAAGAUUCACCACGAUUCCCACAUCGAGGAAUGAUGAUUGAUACAGCUAGGCAUUAUUUGACAAUUGAGACAAUACAAAAUGUGAUUGAUGCUUUAUCAAUGAUGAAAAUGAAUGUGCUACAUUGGCAUAUGACAGAUGACGAAGCUUUUCCGUAUGAUUCCUCAGUGUAUCCUGAAUUGUCUUCAGGGGGAGCAUAUUAUCCACACUUGUUUGUGUAUGAGAAAGAUGAAAUCGAGUCGAUAAUUGAAUAUGCUCGAAUACGAGGAGUUCGAGUUAUGGUAGAAUUUGAUACUCCAGGUCAUACUCUGUCCUGGGGUGCAAGUCACCCGGAACUAUUAUCGGGCAUAUCACAUGAUGGACCAUUAAAGCCAGUCGGUGAGGAAGUUUGGACAUUUCUAUCAAAUUUAUUCCGAGAAAUUCUGAGUGUAUUCCCCCAUAGCUUUUUACACUUAGGUGGAAAUAAGUAUGAUCGUCAUUCAUGGCAAGAAGAUAUCGAGAUCCAGAACUUCAUGGAGCAGAAUGGAUUUGACCAAGAUUAUAAUAAACUAGAAAAUCAUUAUUUUGAACAGCUCACAGGAAUUAUUCAGAAUAUUGCUGCAAAUUCAGGCGGUAUUACACCUGUUGUCUGGCAGGAGGUAUUUGAAAAUGGUUUUCGAGGUAAUGCUAACACUGUCAUUCACGUCGCGAAUCAGUCGAAUUGGGAAAAUCUGGUGAAAUCAAUUACAUCCACUGGUGGUUAUAGGGUGAUCAAUUCAGCGUGUUGGCAGGAGAUUGAUAAUGAUUUUGCACGGAAUGGGGAGAAAUUGUACAAUUGUGAUCCAACUAAAUUUGAAGGUACUGAUGAAGAGACUGGGUUGGUUAUCGGUGGAGAAGCUCUGAUCUGGGGAACAUAUAUUGAUGACAUCAGUCUCUUCAUAGAGGCGUGGCCAUUAACCGCUGUAGUCGCUGAACGUCUAUGGUCUCAUAAUGCAAAUGACUUUGGUGAAUUUUUGAAAAGAUUGGAGGAAUUUCGAUGUCGAAUGAGAGUAUUUAACUGGAAGGUGAAGCCGUUUACUGGGCCUGGAUUCUGUUCCGUAUGA